ACUACCCAGUUGUCAGUUAUCUCUAGCUUGCUAGCGAUGUUUUCAUGCAGAGACACUCGCUCAUGCUUUAAUGGAUUAUUUUGCUUGGACUAGUUAAAUAAAGGUGUCAUAAUAAAUUUACCCGCAGCUAUGUUCGGUCGGUCCAGGAGCUGGGUGGGAGGGCAAGGGAAGUCUAAAAACAUUCAUUCUUUGGACCAUUUAAAGUAUAUGUACCACGUCCUGACCAAGAACACAACUGUGACGGAUCACAACAGAAAUUUGCUCGUCGAGACGAUUCGUUCCAUCACCGAAAUUCUUAUAUGGGGAGAUCAGAAUGACAGUUCGGUUUUUGACUUCUUUUUGGAAAAGAACAUGUUUGCAUUUUUUCUCAACAUUUUACGUCAAAAAUCUGGGCGGUAUGUUUGUGUCCAACUCCUUCAGACGCUCAACAUACUCUUUGAGAACAUAAGUCAUGAGACUUCUCUUUAUUACUUGCUGUCCAAUAACCAUGUUAAUUCCAUCAUUGUCCACAAAUUUGACUUUUCUGAUGAGGAAAUCAUGGCUUACUACAUCUCCUUUUUGAAGACAUUGUCCUUGAAACUCAACAACCACACUGUACAUUUCUUUUAUAAUGAGCACACUAAUGAUUUUGCCCUGUACACGGAGGCCAUUAAGUUUUUCAACCACCCAGAGAGCAUGGUCAGGAUCGCAGUCAGGACUAUCACACUCAAUGUGUACAAAGUGUCAUUGGACAACCAGCACAUGCUGCACUACAUCCGAGACAAAACAGCCGUGCCCUAUUUCUCCAACCUGGUCUGGUUUAUCGGCAGCCACGUCAUCGAGCUGGACAAGUGUGUACAGACGGACGAAGAACAUAAGAACAAGGGGAAGCUGAGUGACCUGGUGGCAGAGCACCUGGAUCACCUCCACUACCUGAACGACAUCCUCAUCAUCAACUGCGAGUUCCUCAAUGAUGUGUUGACAGACCACCUGCUCAACCGCCUCUUCCUGCCUCUCUAUGUCUAUUCCCUGGUCAGUCAAGAGCAGUGUGAAGAUCGUAAGAUCAACCCUCAGGUGUCCCUCUACCUGCUCUCCCAGGUGUUUCUCAUCAUCCAUUAUCAGCCGCUGGUGAAUGCUUUGGCCGAUGUCAUCCUGAACGGGGACCUGUCUGUGUUUUCAGCUCAGCCAGAGCAGAAUGCCCUCAAGAGCUCAUCCAGUGCUGGAGUGCGUCGCUUCACCAAGCCCGCAGAGAGUUUGGAGCGCUCCCUGGAGAUGAGCCGACAGAGGGGAAGGAAGAAAGUCCAGAAGCGGCCCAACUACAAGAACGUAGGCGAGGAGGAAGAGGAGGAAAGGGGUCUCGAGGAAGGCCUCGACGAGGAGAAGGAAAAGGCUAAAGGUACAGAGGCUAGCUCAAAGGCCAGCAGGACGAGUGGGGACACGGAAGAGAUUGAGAUGGUGGUGAUGGAGAAGUGCAAGGUUUCAGAUGUGUGCACUCUAACGGAGCAGAACAUCACAGACGAGGAGAAGACAGCUGCAGCCGCGUGCACGGAGGGCCAGAGGAGCCGGCCCUUCUUGGACAUGGUGUAUAGCGCAUUGGACUGUGAAAUGGAGGACUACCACGCCCUCUUUGUCCUCUGCCUCCUCUUCGCCUUGUCCCACAGCAAAGGUAUAAACCCAAAGCUGUUGGAGAAGAUCCAGCUGCCAGUACCAGGUCAAAAGAAGAGUUCUUAUAGUCAAGUUCUGGUAGAGAGGCUGAUCAGGGUCAUGAAUCAUGCUACUCAACCAGAUGGGAGAGUGCGCUUGGCUACCCUGGAGCUGAGCUGUCUGUUACUUAAACAGUCUGUCCUGUCAGGCAUCCAGUGCAUCAUAAAGGACGUUCACCUGGCCUGUCUGGAGGGUGCUAGAGAGGAGAGUCUUCACCUUCUUCGGCGAUUUUAUAAGGGGGAGGAGAUCUUCCUGGAUAUGUUUGAAGACGAGUACAGAAGCAUGACUAGUAAGCCACUAAAUGUAGAGUACCUCAUGAUGGACGCAUCUAUCCUGCUACCCCCUACUGGAACGCCGCUCACCGGCAUUGACUUUGUUAAGAGGCUCCCGUGUGGCGACGUGGAGAAGACGCGCAGGGCUAUCCGCGUUUUCUUCAUGCUGCGUGCGCUGUCUCUGCAGCUGCAGGGGGAACCAGAGACCCAGCUGCCCCUGACUCGCCCCGAGGACCUCAUCAAGACUGACGAUGUUCUCGACCUCAAUAACAGCGACCUGAUCGCCUGCAUGGUUGUGAGUAAGGAUGGUGUUCAGGCACAGCGAUUCCUGGCUGUGGACAUCUAUCAGAUGAGCCUGGUGGAACCGGACACCAAGCGCUUGGGCUGGGGUGUCGUCAAGUUCGCAGGCCUCUUGCAGGACAUGCAGGUGUCGGGGGUGGAGGACGACAGCAGGGCCCUCAACAUCACCAUCCACAAGCCCACGUCCAACCCACAUGCCAAGCCUCUGCCCAUCCUGCAGGCUUCCUUCAUCUUUGCUGACCACAUUCGUUGCAUCAUCGCCAAGCAACGACUGGCCAAGGGCCGCAUCCAGGCCCGUCGCAUGAAGAUGCAGAGGAUAGCUGCCCUCUUGGAUCUUCCCGUCCAGCCAUCCUCUGAAGUGGUGGGCUUUGGCCAGACCUCCGCCUCUGCAUCCCAGCUGCCCUUCCGCUUCUACGACCAGGCACGACGAGGUCCCGCCUUUGCUUCUGUAGAUAAAGUUCCAGGUUUUGCGGUGGCCCACGUAGCCCAGCACACCCCCACCCCACCCUCCAAUGGCAGUGUCAGGUCAGGUCGCUGUGACUCUGACAAUUCCAGCAGUGUAUCAGUGCAGUCUGCCAUGCAGAACCCCUCAGCCCUGUGCCCAGCCCUGGCCCCGAGCCUGACCCCUACCGCCCAACCCACCAUCUCAUUGCUGUCAGACGCGGAUGGCGACGCGCUUAGUGUGGACUCCCUCACCCUGUUACCCCCCACCGACCCGCCCCACCUGCGUCCCCUCAGAUCCGCAGCUGCAGGCCUGUCCCUGGAGGAUACAGGCUCAGAGACAUCCAUUGUGCAAGUGGACGAGGAGGAGGAGGAAGAGGUCACUACGAUAUUGAAAGAGGAUGAGCCUUCCUCUGACUCCGAGGCAGCAGAGGUCAGCCCGCCUGGCACGUGUAUCAGAGAGCGAGAAGAGUCAGAAGACGAACCCAGGCCUCUGGAAGCGAACAAGUCUGCCGAUCCCAUUCCCCAGUGUGACUCCGAGCACUGCCCAGACGUGGAGCAGGAGACUGAAAUAGACUAAGCGGAUCAGCUCCUUUUUGAGAUCCUGUCACCUCAUCUUGGUUAACUCACAGCGGGGAAAUCAUUCGGCGCCUACUGUUUAAGAACAUUCUAGAAAGCAGCAUUCUUUCUUUGAGAACACUGGAGCACUCAUGUGUACAAUGGCGUCAUUUGUUGGGAGUGUCCUUCAAAGCACAGCUUUGUUUUUUGUCUGAGCACCAUUGUUUUGUUAGGGGUUUUUUUUCUGCCAUGGUGCUACAUCUGUAAGCAGUUUUGAGUCAGAAAUGUGUCUACAAGAGUGAAUGAGUAGGUUUGGACUGUGUGUGUGUGUGUGUGUGUGUGUGUGUGUGUGUCUGUCUGUCUGUCAGUCUGUGCGCACGCGCGACUGAUGUGAGAGGAGGAGGAGAGCAGAUCUGUUUUUAUAAAUAUGUCCAAAUGGGCGAGAAACUGCCCACUUGUUUUUACCAGUCUUAACACUGAGGAAUGUACAGAGACGUUUGGGUCUGUCCGGCGGUGCUGUCUUCUGGAGGACUCUCACUCUGACUGAACAUGCAGUUGCACUUCAACAGUAGCUUGUGUAAAGUCCUUUGAGUCAUCUCCACACUCCCUCAAGGUUGUAAGUGAACACAGGUUUGUAUUCAGUUGGCACUGAAUUCACAAGGCAUAAGAGGGGCUGCAGUGCAAACUGCACAGAAUUCCUGAUUUCCCCCGUCAGAGCCUAUGCUCCCUAAGAAAGGUUCAGAGGUAAAAUCAAGGUUUUGUUGUGCAGGAAUUUUCAUCUGGAGACCCACUGUGUCAAACAGUUUAGGGCUUAGUGUUUUAGAUUUAGUUUAGUUUUGUGUUCCUCCUUGCUGAAUUAUUCCAGACAGCUCUGGUUUGUUAACACUAAAUUUGGGUUAGCACGUCUCUCCAGGAAUCCGGACACCUCUCGUUCAGGGUCUUGGCUUCAGGCCGAGGACAUUUUCAAACUCUAAUCCUGUGAGCACCUCCAGUCCGUUGACACAUUAGAAUGUUCUUCUUCCUCCCAGGCAGCUGCCAUCAGGCUGUGUAAUAAGAUGGCUAGGCAAGAUGGGGAAAGCAGGGGGAGACGGUGUGCCCAGGAUGAGCACCGAAUUGCAGCGCAUUGGUGCGUGAUGGCAGGCUUGACUAGUACAGUGUGGGUCAACUCUGUACUGAGGUGUUAAACCCAACUGCCGCUUGAACCCAUAAUCACCAGUGGGGGGAGGGGGGUUGUUUUGUUUUGUUUUGUUUUGUUUGUUUUUUUAGAUUUUAUACUCUUGUUAAAUAAAAAAAACAAAACAAAAAAACAAAGGGUAACCCGCUCGGCUUGUGCGAUUAAUCCGCACAAAAGCCAAAAAAAACCCAUCUGCUGGAAUACACACCAGAAAUACCAGAUUUGUUCAGAUGUAACUGGGUUUGCAGUGUGUAUCUGAGUCAGUAGCCUUUUGGGGGAAUUGGGCUGUCAGCUACCUUUUUAUGAUCACUUCUUUCCCCAUUGUUCAUGUAAUUCUUACCCUCAUGAGAUGCUGAUGACAAGAAUUGGUUAAAUAUGUUAAAUCAUACAAGAAUUAUACCCUACAACAUGUUCUGGGGGCACAUAAGUCUGAAAUCAAAUUUAAUUGUGAUCUGCAAUAAGUAAUUUAUUUUUUAAAUAAUUGACUAAUUUAUUUCAAUUAACAUUAUUCAGCAGUAAAGAUGGGAACUGACAUUUGAAUUUUUUCCACUUCUUAAACAGUAGCACAUAGAAAGGGUGUACAUAUGGUCAGGUGAUAAUGCAAGAAUGCUAUGGACAAGUAUUUCUCUCUGGAAGAGUUGUUUGUAGUAAAAAGCUGGCAGAUUUUGUAAAACAUAAUAUUAAAAGCAAUACAGUCAUUUGCGUGAACUUGCAGUAUUUUCACUCUAAUGUAAACUUAUCCCUAAGCAGAAAAGAAAAACAACAAAAAUGUGUCAAAUGUUUGUUUGUAUGCUGUGUAAAUUGCAAUUUGCUUUUAAUCUAUUAUGAUUCCUUUACCAAAAGACAUUAAAGAACUGCAAUAAAUUAUUCUACAUACA